AUGCCUCAUUUCACUACUUCUAUAGUCGUAGACAGCCAAACUUCCUCGAUUCGCCCUAGCCCCAUUGACAUUGCUUCAACUCCAUUCCCACACAGAUACGAACCUAAAAUGAUCUUUCGCCACAUCCAAUCACGUUUCGUGCUGUGCCACGUCCUGCUGCUGCUUUGUGUGAUGUCGUUCGCUGUUGGUGGGACGGAGGUGGAGCAGGGCGUGUCGCUUUACGGGUUGCUGCAGGUACCAGAGUCCUACUUUUCCCACCCCGACAGCGAGAACCCGCUCAACCAAGUCCAGCCUGGCAGUGUCUUGCUCACAAGUGCCCUUCAUAACUACCGUGUCCCGGUCCAGAAGGGUGGCCUCUUCGUGGUGCCACGCGUGGCCUACGGGACCUACCUCCUGCAGGCCGAGUUUCAUGACUUCAUCUUCCCCACCGUCUUGCUAGAGGUGAGGUAUAUAGAAGACGAGCAGACGCAUAGGCAGGAGAAGCCUGGGCGCGUUCCUGUGGUUCUGGCCUACGCAAAUGACUUCUCCAUGCGCCCGCUCGAGGGUACUGGUGUGGAUGACAUCAACCCGAUCAUUAUUCCAGAGGAAGGGAUUCAUUUGUACCACGUUCCCCGUCAAGAGUUCCACAUCAUGGACAUCUUGAAGAACCCAAUGAUUAUAAUGAUGUUGGUUUCUUUUGCAAUGUUUGGCAUCGUCAAACUAUUUCCAGAAGAGGAUCUUAAGGAAUCCCAAAAGGUGACUAGGGAGUGGCAGAAUAAACUCCUUAGCAGUGCGAACAAAGGGAUUGGUAAUAAAGCGGCGGAAUGAAUAAAUUUUCGAUUGAAAGGUAUAAAGCGAAGUCAAAGCUACCGGCAUUAUAUAUAUAUAUGAAUGAUGUGUUUGAGCAUCGAGGCUGAUUAAAAAGGCCGAAGGCGAAUAACAACAGCAGUAAGUUAGCAUAAAAUGUGGCACCCCAGUGUGAUUCGAUGUGUUGCAUUAAUAAUUAUAUUCCUUUUGAGAUCUUAUGACAUGUUGUAAUAAACUAUUUUUGUGACUUCGACAAAUGGAGUAUCUGGUGUAAAGCAAUGCUAUCUGGAGAAUGUUUGCAUGUUACUACCGCUGUUUUGAAGAUGUGACAGGAUAAGCACUCUGGAUUGCAAAAAGCGCGUGCAUUUGCAUCAGGAUUCAGGUGACCUUAGUCAUACAGUUGCCCACCUGCACGAAAAGCGUCAAACCCAUAAACACAAAUUUAUCCAUUUGUAAAUGUUCCACAUUGAGAAUCUGAGUAAAUCUGGUGAUAAGGCAAUAAAUGGGUCAAAGUGCAUUUCCAUGCAGAUAUAGCUAUGCCGCGUCCAAGUCACUGAAUCCUUUCAUCAUUGUGAAGGGAAGGGCUGGGGUGAAAUGUGUGACAUUUCGCAUGUGGAAGGCACGAUUAUGUGGCGCGUGGCCAUGACGCGAAUGAGGCCAAUAGAGUUCAGGUUAUGAAGCUUUUAAAGGUGCACUGGGACUCGAUCGCAUGGACACCAGCGGAUUGGGUGCGGUGUCCGUCUUACGCUUGAGCUCGUGUCGACGUUUACGAUGCAGUCAAUUCCGAUGUGUGGAGACGCGACGCAGCCGUGAAGGUGGCGUGGAUGGACGGCCUUCUGAGAACGGAUGUAAACCGGAAAGAGACAAAAUAGGUGUUGCUUCUUGUAGUCCAAA